AUGCUGAACACUGUGCCUAGACUGGACCUCGGUGUCAAGGAAGGCUCCUGCCAUGGAGCGGGACUGGACACCAGCCCUGGCCUAGACAUCGGUGCAGAGGAAGGCUCCUGCCCUGGAGCAGGACUGGACGCCAGCCCUGGCCUGGACAUCGGUGCAGAGGAAGGCUCCUGCCAUGAAGCGGGACUGGACACCAGCCCUGGCCUGGACAUCGGUGCAGAAGAAGGCUUCUGCCAUGGAGCGGGAGUGGACAUCAGCCCUGGCCUGGACAUCGAUGUACCCAUUAGAGAGCUCACUACCGAGCCAGCCUCAUCCCCCUCCCACCCCAGAUGUACCCCUCAGAGAGCUCACUACCGAGCCAGCUUCAUCCCCCUCCCGCCCCAGAUGUACCCCUCAGAGAGCUCACUACCGAGCCAGCCUCAUCCCCCUCCCGCGCCAGAUGUACCCAUCAGAGAGCUCACUACCGAGCCAGCCUCAUCCCCCUCCCACCCCAGAUGUACCCCUCAGAGAGCUAACUACCGAGCCAGCUUCAUCCCCCUCCCACCCCAGAUGUACCCCUCAGAGAGCUCACGACCGAGCCAGCCUCAUCCUCCUCCCGCCCCAGAUGUACCCAUCAGAGAGCUCACUACCGAGCCAGCCUCAUCCCCCUCCCACCCCAGAUGUACCCCUCAGAGAGCUCACUACCGAUCCAGCCUCAUCCUCCUCCCGCCCCAGGUGUACCCAUCAGAGAGCUCACUACCGAUCCAGCCUCAUCCUCCUCCCGCCCCAGAUGUACCCAUCGGAGAGCUCACUACCAAUCCAGCCUCAUCCCCCUCCCGCCCCAGAUAUGUACCCCUCAGAGAGCUCACUACCGAGCCAGCCUCAUCCCCCUCCCGCCCCAGAUGUACCCAUCAGAGAGCUCACUACCGAGCCAGCCUCAUCCCCCUCCCACCCCAGAUGUACCCCUCAGAGAGCUUACUACCGAGCCAGCUUCAUCCCCCUCCCACCCCAGAUGUACCCCUCAGAGAGCUCAUGACCGAGCCAGCCUCAUCCUCCUCCCGCCCCAGAUGUACCCAUCAGAGAGCUCACUACCGAGCCAGCCUCAUUCCCCUCCCGCCCCAGAUGUACCCCUCAGAGAGCUCACGACCGAGCCAGCCUCAUCCCCCUCCCGCCCCAGAUGUACCCAUUAGAGAGCUCACUACCGAGCCAGCCUCAUCCCCCUCCCACCCCAGAUAUGUAACCCCACAGAGAGCUCACUACCGAGCCAGCUUCAUCCCCCUCCCGCCCCAGAUGUACCCCUCAGAGAGCUCACUACCGAGCCAGCUUCAUCCCCCUCCCACCCCAGAUGUACCCAUCAGAGAGCUCACUACCGAGCCAGCCUCAUCCCCCUCCCACCCCAGAUGUACCCCUCAGAGAGCUAACUACCGAGCCAGCUUCAUCCCCCUCCCACCCCAGAUGUACCCCUCAGAGAGCUCACGACCGAGCCAGCCUCAUCCUCCUCCCGCCCCAGGUGUACCCUUCAGAGAGCUCACUACCGAUCCAGCCUCAUCCUCCUCCCGCCCCAGAUAUGUACCCAUCAGAGAGCUCACUACUGAGCCAGCCUCAUCCCCCUCCCACCCCAGAUGUACCCCUCAGAGAGCUAACUACCGAGCUAGCUUCAUCCCCCUCCCACCCCAGAUGUACCCCUCAGAGAGCUCACGACCGAGCCAGCCUCAUCCUCCUCCCGCCCCAGAUGUACCCAUCAGAGAGCUCACUACCGAGCCAGCCUCAUCCCCCUCCCACCCCAGAUGUACCCCUCAGAGAGCUCACUACCAAGCCAGCUUCAUCCCCCUCCCGCCCCAGAUGUACCCCUCAGAGAGCUCACUACCGAGCCAGCCUCAUCCCCCUCCCGCCCCAGAUGUACCCAUCAGAGAGCUCACUACCGAGCCAGCCUCAUACCCCUCCCACCCCAGAUGUACCCCUCAGAGAGCUAACUACCGAGCCAGCUUCAUCCCCCUAACACACCAGAUGUACCCCUCAGAGAGCUCACGACCAAGCCAGCCUCAUCCUCCUCCCGCCCCAGAUGUACCCAUCAGAGAGCUCACUACCGAGCCAGCCUCAUCCCCCUCCCACCCCAGAUGUACCCCUCAGAGAACUCACUACCGAUCCAGCCUCAUCCUCCUCCCGCCCCAGAUGUACGCAUCAGAGAGCUCACUACCGAUCCAGCCUCAUCCUCCUCCCGCCCCAGAUGUACCCAUCAGAGAGCUCACUACCGAUCCAGCCUCAUCCCCCUCCCGCCCCAGAUGUACCCAUAAGAGAGCUCACUACCGAGCCAGCCUCAUCCUCCUCCCGCCCCAGAUGUAA